AUGACCACCCCCAGCCAAGCUCUGCCAGAGCACUGCUUUUACUGUUUCGAUGUGCUCGAGGCGAACUUGCUGGAGGGAACAUCGACAGCAAAGCCCAAUUUCGACGGUGGGGAAGAGGCAUUGUACGUGUAGAAAGCGAUGGUUUCGUGCUGUGCCGCACAGUUGCGAUCGAGACACAGUGCUGAUGUGAGAAUGGACGUACAUUCAGUCCACUCUUUGUGACUUGGAACACAUUGAAGGACGGGUCGACCAGACUGAGAGGAUGCAUUGGCACCUUUGCUGCCAAACCUUUGGCCAAGGGGCUCGCAGAGUAUGCGAUAAUUAGGUGAGGCUAGAAAUGCUGAAAUACUCAAAGCCCGGCAUCAUCUUACACAGCUUAUAAGGGCUGCCCGUCUCUCUCAGUGCUUUCGAGGACACCCGCUUCAAUCCCAUUCGCGAGCGGGAGCUUCCAACGCUGGAGUGCGGGUGAGCAAGCAGCUACUUGGGUCAGAAUAACCUAUCAGCCUGACAAACCGACCUGCGCACUAUGGCCGCGAUGUCACCCCGUGACGCAGCAUCUCGCUGCUCACAGCUUUCGAAGAAUGCUCAGACUGGCAAGAUUGGCAAGUAGGCCUGCACGGCAUCUACAUCCACCUGCCGGUGCAGAACGGUUCGAGGCACGAGUUGACGGCUACAUUCCUGCCGGAUGUGAUUCCGGCACAAGGGUGGAACAAAGAAGAGGCCAUCGAUCACGCUAUCCGAAAAGCUGGAUUUGUUGGCAAGAUUGAUCAGAAAGUGAGGGAGAGCUUGCGCGUGAGGAGGUACAGAAGCGAAAAGGUGUCGAGAACGUACGAGGAAUGGAAAGCGUGGAAGGCUGCUCGCCAAUCUUAG